AUGGUUCAAAAAAGAGGGCUUCUAUCGCUCAUUGGUUUAGUUUCACAAAUAGUUUAUGCAGACGACAGCAGCAGUACUGUGCAGGCUGUGGAAUCUGCUACCGCCGCUGCUUGCAAUCCUGUGAAAACCAGUGGUUGUGCAGCAGAUAAGGCACUAGCAGGAAGCUUCUCCGAAGAUUUUACAUCUGAAUCUAAGUAUUUCUUCAGCGAUGGUAAUCCUGGCAACAUUUCGUACAGUUCUGACGGCGUAGCGCUCACGCUCGGGAAGAGAUUUGAGAAUCCAGGUUUGACAUCCAACUUUUACAUCAUGUUUGGUAAGGUUGAAGUUGAGAUGAAGGCGGCUCCUGGUCAAGGUGUCAUCUCUUCCUUUUUCUUGCAGAGUGAUGAUUUGGAUGAAAUUGAUUUAGAAUGGGUGGGUAGCGACAAUACACAAUGGCAAUCGAACUACUUCUCUAAGGGUGAUACAACAACCUAUGAUAGGGGUGCGUUCCAUGGCGUUGAUGCUCCAGUCGAUAAAUAUCAUAACUAUACUUUAGAUUGGGCAAUGGACCAAACCACCUGGUCCUUGGAUGGUCAAGUGGCGAGGACGCUUUCCAACACUUCUAGCGAGGGAUAUCCUCAAUCUCCUAUGCAAAUCAAGUUCGGUAUCUGGGCCGGUGGUGACCCAAGCAAUGCGCCUGGUACUAUUGAAUGGGCUGGUGGUGAAACUGAUUACUCCAAGGCUCCAUUUACCAUGAACAUAAGGAGGCUCGUUGUCACGGACUACUCCACUGGUACUCAAUACAGCUACAGCGAUCAAACUGGCUCUUGGGAAUCUAUUGAAGCAGAAAAUGGUUCUGUCUACGGUAGAUACAACGAAGCUCAAUCUGAAUAUUCUGAAUUAACUGGGGGAGGACAAAUAGCCUCUAGUGCAAGUGUAAGUCCGACGUCUACAUCAUCGAGUUCAUCAGUUUCAAGUUCCAGUGUCUCUUCCAGUGCAUCUGUUUCGAGUUCCAGUGUUUCUUCCAGUUCAUCUGUUUCGAGUUCCAGUGUCUCUUCCAGUUCGUCUGUUUCGAGUUCUAGUGUCUCUUCCAGUUCGUCUGUUUCGAGUUCUAGUGUCUCUUCCAGUUCAUCUGUUUCGAGUUCCAGCUCAUCUUCCAGCACUAUCGCUUCUUCCAGCACAUCUGGUUCUAGCUCAUCUGAAGUUAGCUCAUCCUCAAGCAUCAGUGUAAGUGAUGCAAGUUCCAUUCAGUCCGCCCCAACUACCCCAAGCGCUGCUAGGAGCACUGCAGUUCCAAACAGCAUCCCAGAAAGCCAAUCCGUUUCUGUCGUAUCAUCGGGUACAGCAACAGACGCAGCUGCAGCUGUCACUUCCUCCAUUAUGAGCAUCCAAACUAGCACAACUGAGCAACAAUCAUCUAUUGCAAGCCUUGUUCCAAGCCUAAACGGGGGCUAUAAUUUUGUAUCUUCGCAGAACUGGUACAAAUUCCUUCCUGUAAUGGGUCUAAUUUUUGCAUUUUAA